GCAUAAUCCUGCUCCUGACGUCACCUCGGUUUAACAUGCAGGCUGGUUCGUGCUCCUGGGAAAGUCCGCUGCGUGCGCCCACGCCAUUCCAUUUCUCCCGAUAAUUUAAUCUUGUCCACAUGAACUCGUCCGCGGUCCAGUCAGUUCGAAACAGAAAGUGUUUUCACAAGCCCGAAGGGAAAAAGGGGAGCGCAAGCUGUGUUCUUUGUCUUCCCCAGUUCAGACAGACUGCAGGAGACUGUUUCACUAUUUGCACUUGGACAAGGCAACGGGGAAAAGGGAACUUCGCCGCUUUUGUGCCGAUAUCCCUGAAUCGUUCUCAGAAUUGUCAAGGCGUCCGAUAAUAAAUGGUGAAACGAGUCUGGAAAUGGUUUCAUACCAGACAAUAAAUCUUCUUCCUGUCAUCUUCUACAUCCUUCCAUCAUUUGCAAACAGUUUCUUGGAUUUAUUUUGUAGCUCUUCAGUGACAGGAAUAUUCAAUAAAGACACUAAACUACGGUGCACAGUCACUUCACAAGUGGAGUGGCACUGGACAGACAUUGUACUACUUAAACAGGGAGAAGAUGCAAUAGUGUUUAAAAGUGUCAAUGAAGUUCAGGGUCGGAUUAAAUUACUUCACUCAGGACCUCAAGACGUGUCACUGGUGAUCCAGAACACACAGUUGUCAGAUAUUGGGAAAUAUCAAUAUCAUUUGCAGACAACUGUUGGUCACAAAAAUGCUGACAUCAAUUUGAAGGUUAAAGCUCCAUACAACAUGACUGUUUCUCCAAACAUCGUAUCAUCGAGAAUAGUCAGUGUCACUUGUGAAGCAACUGGAUAUCCACUGGGUCAGAUGCACUGGUUCUUGAAUACAAAAACGAACCUCACAUCCAGUACUAAUACUAGUAUUGAAGAAACACCACAGGGACUGUACAAGAUCAGCAGCACACUUCAAACCAAGGAAGAAACAGAAACUUCAGGAAGUGUUUAUACUUGUGCCAUGUGGAGCAUAGAAGACAGUAAAUAUGAAGUGAUGGAAAAUAUUUCAUUCUCUCAUUCAAAUUCUAGCUCUGCUGAGAGUUCUGGAAAGGAAAGGAAAAAUGCUUUCGUAAUUGUCCCUGUGAUUAUGGCAUUACCUUUUGUUGUGUUAGUAAUCUCUGCAUUUCUGAAAUUUAGGAAAAGAUCGCAUGCAGCUCUCAUCUAGGAUAAUACACCGACUAUCCUAUGGCAUUGGACUGAACACUUCAUUCAUCCUUUCUCUGCAAAGAAACAAUGCUUCACAUUAGUUUUCUAUGGAUACCAUCAGCCAAACACAGUGUUCAAAUGCAAAAGUCUAAAUACUAAAGAACUUGGCUUUCAAUGCAGGCUGUUUUUUUAUCUAGAAGAUCUCUAUUUUGAAGCAGAUGUAAAAACUGGAUCAAUCACAGUGCGCUGGGAAGGAAAAAGAAUAUUUUCAACACAGUUAACUUUGAAGAUAUACUUGUGGUUUUCUUACGGAAAUACUGUGAAUGGUUUUGACUGUUGGACUGUAUUUCUCACUUGGGUGAAGAGGAAUCGUAGCUGCAGAGAAUUGACAUGAAAAAUGAAAUUUCAGUAUUUUCUGAAUUGUAAACACUGAUCAUUAUGUUUGUACACUAAUUACUGUAAAUCACUCUAAGUCUGAUUGAGCUGAAUAACACAUGUAUACAUUUCGUAAAGUAUUAAUUAAUUUUUGCUGUGCCCUUGUUUUGUGUUAACAGAUAAUGUAAAAUAAAUGUAGAUCUCCUGAAGUUUAAUACUGAGCAGGCAAAAUCUUAGCAGGUUGCUGUACCUGUUGUGGCCUCCUCUACAUGAGGGAAGGGGAGGCUUGGGGACCGCUUUGCAGAACACCUACGGUCAGUUCGCAGUAAACAACUGCACCUGCCAGUCGCGAACCAUUUCAACUCCCGCUCCCAUUCCUCAGAUGAUAUGUCCAUUCUGGGCCUCCUGCAGUGCCGCAAUGAUGCCACCCGAAGGUUGCAGGAGCAGCAACUCAUAUUCUGCUUGGGAACCCUGCAGCCCAAUGGUAUCAAUGUGGAAUUCAUAAGCUUCAAAAUCUACCCUCCUACACCGCAUUCCAAAACCAGACCAGCUGGUCCCCGCCUCCCUAACCCGUUCUUCCUCCCACCUAUCCCCUCCUCCCACCUCAAGCUGCACCCCCAUUUCCUACCUACUAACCUCAUCCCACCCCCUUGACCUGUCUGUCCUCCCUGGACUGACCUAUCCUCUCCCUACCUCCACACCUACACUCACCUUUACUGGCUGCACCCCCGCCUCUUUGACUCGUCUAUCUCCUCUCCACCUAUCUUCUCCUCUAUCCGUCUAUCUGCCUUCCCCUCUCUUCCUAUUUAUUUCAGAACCCCCUUCCCCUCCCCCAUUUCUGAAGAAGGGUCUAGGCCCAAAACGUCAGCCUUCCUGCUCCUAUGAGGCUGCUCGACCUGCUGUGUUCAUCCAGUUCUACACUUUGUUAUCUCAGAUUCGCCAGCAUCUGCAGUUCCUAUUAUCUCUGACACAAUAGGCUGUAAACAAUAUGGCUUGUGGCAAGAUAAGUAUUAGGAUCAGUCAAGAUGGUCAUCUCAAUGUCGAGAUCAUCUUGCUACAGCCUUUUCCCUUUAUCACGCAGCAUGGCAGGAUCCUUGCCUGGGAACAGUGAGUUCUUGGUUGACAAUGUCCAUUGCUUGUUAUAUGGCUUGUUGACAGCCCAGACCAGUAUGGGGUGUGAUCUUACCAAACUUGCCACACAAAUUGGCCAUCAGGAAAACUUGCCAUGGAAACCAGAGUAGGUUUUUGGUGGGUUUGACUGGCUACUGGCUCCAGAAGAUCUGUGUGAGCAAUGAAUAGUUCCUCCAAUACUUCCCUGAUGAUUUGGAGAGGUCAGGAAGUUGUCCUCUGUUGAGAUCUGGACUGGGUGCUGGGGUAAAUGAAUUUAUCUGCAGGACAUAAGAUGCAGAAGGCAUUACAGCCGGUGGCUUGUUAUGUUCAAUGCCUGGUUAAUGUGACACUUGUGCUGGGACGACAAAUUUUACUUCCUUCUCGACUUGUCAACCCCACAGAAGCAGCCUGUGUUUUCUCCUGCUAGAUUGCGAAUUCUUUCCUCGGAACAGGUGAAGACAUGAACAUCUGGCGCUUCCCUCACCUGUGUGGCAUCGCUCAGCCCUGUUAUGGGAUGUCUUCUCCUGUAAUGACAUACAGUAGGAAAUUAAUUAGAAUCAAGUGGAUGGCACGACUUUUGAGGCUGGUGCAUUUGGGAAAAGUGAGGAGUCCCAAGGAAGUGUGGGAUUGGUGGUGUAUGAGGUUGGGUGGGCAAUGAGAGCUCGUGAGGGUAGAUUUUGUAUGCAUCACAAGGUUAGGCAGAGCAUAAAAGUUGG